GCCCGCGCGAUCAAAGCGGCUAGCGUCGGGGGUUGGACAGGUCUCCCGCAAUCUGGACCUCGGCGUGGGGAAGCAGGGGCCCGACAGGUCUUGGUAGGCAUGAGCCGCUCGGGACCGGGGCAUUCGACGGUCAUAUCAAGCAGCGAUUGCACCUACAUGCCAGAGCAGUGGACAUGGCUCGUAAAGCGCGCCAGAGGAUCAGCUAUGUGCUCCCUCUUACAAACUCGGCCGGAGGGCAUCGUCUCGGCGUCAACGGUCUCGCCGUAGACAGCGACAACUCGAUCCUCUACUCAGGAGGACGCGAUGGAGUCAUCUGCGCAUGGGACCUCAACUUCGAGGUCAACCACAAGUCGGACCAGAUCACGGCCAUCGACGCGAAACCCCCGCCGUCGCCCGCCUCGACCCUGCACAACCAGGUGCAAGCGCAUACCCACUGGAUCAACGACCUCAUCCUCGCCCAGUCCAAUCAAGCCCUGGUGUCGGCAUCUUCAGACAUCAGUGUCAAAGUAUGGCGACCCGCUGCGCAAGACUCAAUGCCACCUCAGACCAUCGGCCUACACAGCGACUACGUCAAGGUGUUAGCUGCCCCUUCUCCCGACGCCUCAUGGGUCGCUAGUGGAGGUCUCGACCGUCGUAUCCGACUCUGGGAUCUCAAUGGUGCCGGACAGACACUGAGCAUCGACGUCAGCGAGGAUGAGAGCUUGACGGGCUUGAGUCAAGAGAAGGCGAGCGUGUAUGCUCUUCAGGCCACACACUCUAUCCUUGCGAGCGGAGGUCCAGACAGCAAUGUGCGCAUCUGGGACCCGCGGUCGGGCAAGCGCAUCACCAAGUUUGUUGGUCACACGGACAUCGUACGCGACAUUCUGAUCAGUCAAGAUGGCUGCACUGUCAUGUCGGCGUGCAGUGAUCAGACGGUCAAGGUGUGGAGUGUCACUGCCGGUCGCUGCAUGAACACAUUGACCAUGCACGACGCGAGUGUGUGGUCUCUGUGGUCCGACCACCCUGAUCUUUCCGUCUUCUAUUCGUCAGACAAGAGCGGAAUGGUGGCCAAGACAGACACCAGAGGCUGUGGUGAAGAGCUGGAAGAAGGCAUGAGCGUGGCCAUUUGCCAGGAGGGCACAGCCGUCCACAAGCUGGCCGUUGCUGGCGACUACAUCUGGACAGCGACCCCUCGUCCUACCAUCAACAGAUGGGCCGACGUCAACAUUGACGAUGCCGAGAUUGACAUGCUCGACAGCUUCAAGCAGAAACGCUUCAGUCUAGCUACCGCUCGCUCCAGGAUUCCAAGUCCACCCGUCAACUCGUCCUCCGACCGUCUCGCUUCGCCUCCUCUGCCCACGUCUCCAACAUCUCCUCCGUCAAGCGCGAAAAAGCCUAUCCCUUUGAAACAUGUCCUCAGACUCAGCAACGCCGCCUUCUUCCCCAGACCCGUUGCAAGAGAGGUCGGCCCAGACGCCGAGGAGGUCGAAGUUGAACACACGCAGCCCCUGAGACACACACCCGACUUUGCUAUUGAAGGUCAGAACGGCUUGGUCAAGCACAUCAUGCUCAACGAUCGCAAGCGUGUCUUGACCCAGGAUACUGCUGGCGAAGUCUUGCUGUGGGAUCUGCUCAAGUGUGUCCCCAUCAAGUCUUUUGGCAAGAAACAUCUUGAGGAUGUCCAACCCGAGGUCACAACUGUCGAGACGGUGCCUAACUGGUGCUCUGUCGACACUCGGACCGGAACUCUGGCCAUCACUCUGGAGGAGCACACUGCCUUUGAUGCAGAGAUGUACGCCGAUGAGCUCGACAUUGAACAGACGAUUGACUUCAAGGAGGAUCAGCGCAUCAAUCUUGGCAAGUGGAUCCUUCGUUACUUGUUCGCAAAUCUCAUCAGCGAAGAGAUCUCAAGAGACUCACAGUACCGAAGGCACCUACUGGAGCAGGCUCAAAAGCAAAAGAUGGAGCGAGAGAAUGCCCCUACCAGUAUACAGAUGCCUCCUGCUAUGACAGACGGAUGGAAGGUUGACCCCUCAGCUCCUCUUUCUACAAACACACUGCGACCUACGAACACCAACACCAUCGGGUUUGCUACACCUGGCUUAUCCAUCGCCGAAACAGCUUCCUCAUAUGUUGGGUCUCCAAACCUGACAAAGGAUAGUCUUACUUCUGAAGAGGAUGAAAGAACACAAGACAGAUCUUCCAUCAGCGGUGACUACUUUUCCAACUCAACGACGGCCAACUCUACAAACGUCAACAGCGAAACCAAGCUCGUGCCUCAGACUCCCACAGAAGCUGUGACCACGCCAGCUGCAGAGGACGCAUCGACGGCAGAUAGCAACGAUACCCCUUCCAAGUUUGGCAAGCGUCUGCGUAUGAACAUGUCAUUCAAUAUGAAGAAGCUGGGCAAGGCUCCAGCAAAUGACAAAGACAAGCCCGCCAUCGUAGAGGAAACCAAAGAGGAGGCUGAGGCCGACACACAGAGCUCCUCUGACAACAGCAACUCGCGUGUUGUUGAUGAGAACUUCCUUGGCUGUAUUCAGAAGAUUCGUUUCGCCUACGAAGAUCAUCUACAAGCGCAGGUCCAAAGAGCCGCGGCAGUGGAUGCUGCUGGCGGUGCACUAGGUCAAGCGAAAGAAGUCGAGUUGCCAACCUCUAUCGUACCGUCACUGCCUUCUGAGACGCCAGUGUUGAAGCCACCGCCGAACACAACCAUUUUGAUCCAGGAAGAGCGCCCAGAGGCUGGUGGUGUGGCAGAUCUUUUCGAGGGCAAGGUCGGUAGUACGGGUGAACUGGCAGACCUGAUCGAGAAGGUUGCCCCCAUGUGGCUUGGUGAUGCUCUGUUGCGAAACCAAAUUCCGCUCAAGGAUCUUGUCAAGAUCAGCUUCGUGCUUGAGCCAUACCAGAACGUACUGCCAAGUAUCGCUGCAGAUGGCAACAACCGGCUCAAUGCUAACCGCAUGCUGCGCGCCCGCAAGAUCUUAGGCUACGUUGCCGAACGUAUUGAGCCCGCUCAAGACCCCGCUACAGCCAUGCCGGCAGAAGACUACCUCGAGCUCUACUGCAACAACCAGCUCAUACCACCAAAGAUGACACUGGCGACCAUCCGCACACACAUCUGGCGAGGUGGCGGUGACGUUUUGCUGCACUACAAGUCCAACGGUAGAAGAAAGAUCCUACACUCUGCAGAGACUUUCGCCACUCCGGAGGGCAAUGGCACUGAAGCUGGGUCAAACAGUCCCACAGCGCCACAGGUGUAAAUGAUGUGCAUAUAAUCUCCUUGUUCCUUUUUUUGUUCAUCUGCUGUUUAUCCUUCUGCAUCUCCUUUUCUGACGACAAUACCCCUUCUUCCUUUUCGAGGUGGUUUUUGCAGACCAAUUUUUCUGUAUGUAAUGUACCAUAUCUGAAUGAAGAAAAUCUCUGGAACCACCAUUCUACCACU